AAUUAAUUACUUAACGCUAUCCGCUUUUCACUUUGACACUCGCUCUCCCCAAAUCAAAGAAAAAAGAAAACGAAGCAGCAGGCCAGCAGCACGCUGGCGGCAGGCAGGGAGCAGCAGCAUCCAUUUCUCCAGAGUCCAGCCUCUCCUCGGCACGUCUUUUGUCCAGAGUCGCUGCAGCUCCUCAUCGUUCGUUUCCAGUUUGCUUCUCCUCGGCAAGUCCAGCCGUUUCCAGUUUGCUCGCUGUAGCUCUUCCAUUGCUCCACCACAGUUCAAUUGCCGUUGAAUUGAAGUAGAAAAUGUUGGUGACUGGAGUUACCAUUUCUCCUUCGAAUUAUCUGCUUCCUCAAUUUUCAGCUGCUGUGAAUUUUGCUGCCCCAAGUUUAUCUUCUGCUACCCCAAGUUUAUCUUUUGCUACCAAUCUCAUUGAAAAAUCAAACACCCUUAGAACUGGAAGAUUUGACUUCUCUGCAUCUAAGAAACGCUCGAAGGUUUGUACUUAUGUGCUUGAGUCAAAUUGGGCCUCAGCCUCAGCAACAUUCCGCGGAGUUUGGGAAGAUCCUCAUGAUGGCAGUGACAGUGAUUAUGAUGAAGAAGAUGAAGAAGGGGAAGAAAAUGACAUGCAUUAUGAGAGUGAUUGGGAAGAACAAACAAAUACAUCUCGUACUAGCACAGUUGAUAAUUCCACAGAGAAUAAUUAUGAGGAGGAUCUUUUGAAAGAGGUUGAGCAGCUCCUAGGGCUAGAAGAAAGAGCAAUUUUACAACAGAAUGCAACUUAUAAUCUGGACAAGAUUUCAACAGCAAAAUGGAAGCCACUCCAGACCCUUGCACUAUCAGGACAAAUACACUCUAUGGACAAGCUAUUAGAAGAUGGACUUGGCAUUGAUAGCAUUGAUAAGGAUGGUCUCACCGCCCUGCAUAAAGCAAUUAUCGGUAAAAAGGAAUCUGUAAUUAGUCAUCUUUUAAGAAAAGGUGCUAGCCCUCAUAUCAGGGAUCCGGAUGGUGCUAGUCCUCUGCACUAUGCAGUUCAAAUUGGUGCUAUGCAAACUGUGAAAUUAUUGAUAAAAUACAAUGUUGAUGUCAAUGUUGCAGAUAAUGAAGGUUGGACUGCAUUGCACGUUGCAGUGCAAAGUAGAAACAGAGAUAUAGUUAAGGUUUUGUUAGUGAAUGGAGCAGAUAAGAACAGGCGAAAUAAGGAUGGAAUGACACCCCUGGAUCUUUGCUUGUGUUAUGGCAAGGACUUCAAGUCGUAUGACCUUGCUAAGUUAGUGAAGAUUGUACCAGUUAACAGAGAUCUUUGAUUGGCAUGAGCAUUCCACAACUUUAAGAUCAAAUGGACAGUCAAACGUUCAUUUGAAACUGUGCCCUGUGUUUCAGAGUGCAUGGAACAAUCUUUGACCAUACUGUUUCUGAUGAACUUGUCAGCUCUUGUAAAUGAGAACUUUUGGUCCACAACUUGCUCUGCACCAUUCAAACCUGAUGAGUCUCUCGGUGACCCAAGUUUUGCAGUUCACUGGCUAUACAAUCCUUUGGAAGAUGUGUAAUUUUGCUUGUCAGUUACAUGACUCAUACAGGCCUUUCGAAUGGUUGAUGCCGCUAGUCAUUUGUUAAUUUGUCGAUGAUGGGGAUUGCUGGGUGUAGUACAUAUAAGUAGGAUUGUGCUUGUAGGUCAUGGCAGCUGAAAUAUAGUAGGCUGGAGGUUCAGUGAUGUUAGAUGAACCUUUAUUUUUUUGCUAAUCACAUUUUGGCAUGUGAAGCACUGUUGAAUCCCAGAAAAUUACUGUUGUUGCAAGGCA